GUAACCUGGGGUCCCAGCUGGUUGAGUACAAAGAGGAGAUGUACAUCACGUCUGACUGUGGGAACACGUGGCGUCAGGUCUUUGAAGAAGAGCACCACAUCUUGUACUUGGACCAUGGUGGAGUUAUUGUGGCCAUCAAAGACACCUCUAUCCCUCUGAAAAUACUCAAGUUCAGCAUAGACGAAGGCCAGACUUGGAGUACACAUAAUUUUACCAGCACUUCAGUCUUUGUAGAUGGAUUACUUAGUGAACCUGGAGAUGAAACUCUGGUCAUGACAGUCUUUGGACAUAUCAGCUACCGUUCGGACUGGGAGCUGGUGAAGGUGGACUUCAGACCAUCCUUCCCCAGGGAGUGCACUGAUGAUGACUAUGAGUCUUGGGAGCUCACAAAUCUACAGGGUGAUCGCUGCAUUAUGGGCCAGCAGAGGAGCUUUCGAAAGAGGAAGAUUUCAUCGUGGUGCAUUAAAGGGAGAAGUUUCACAUCAGCUCUCGCAUCCAAAGUUUGUGAAUGUGUGAACUCUGAUUUCUUGUGUGAUUAUGGGUUUGAGCGCUCUGCACCUCUGGAGUCUAGCAGAUGCUUUGCUGACUUUUGGUUUAACCCAGAAGCCCCUCCUGAAGACUGCGUGCUGGGACAGGCAUACACCAGCAGCACUGGGUACAGGAAAGUUGUUUCUAACAUAUGUGAAGGUGGUGUAGACCUGCAGCAGAACUUAGCACAGCAUAUGUGUCCACUGAUUGCUCCCAAGGGACUUCAGAUCAGCAUCAGAGAAGAAAGCCUGGCUGUUAGGCCUGGGGAAGACAUCACCUUCAUCGUCAAACAAGAGCAGGGUGAUAUUUUGAAUACCAAAUACCAGGUAGAUCUUGGAGAUGGCUUUAGGGCAAUAUAUGUGAACCUUACAAUGACUGGAGAACCCAUCCGUCACCGCUAUGAGAAUCCUGGGAUUUACCGUGUCUCUGUGAAGGCUGAGAAUGUGGCUGGACACGAUGAGGCUGUGGUGUUCGUCCAAGUCAACGCUCCACUGCAGGCUUUAAAUUUAGAAGUGGUUCCAGUUGUUGGGAGAAACCAGGAGGUGAAUCUGACAGCCAUCAUACUGCCCAAGAACCCUAACUUGACAGUCUUCUACUGGUGGAUAGGAAACAAUCUUCAGCCACUCCUUACGCUGGACUAUUUUCUGGUGACCAAGUUUGCUGAGACAGGUGACGUCAGAGUUACAGUGCAGGCUUCCUGUGGGAGCUCCAUGCUUCAGGACUCAAAAGUUGUCCACGUUUUUGAUCACUUUCAUGUUCUUCCUCUGAAGUUUACGAAGCACCUGGACAUGUACAACCCCGACAUACCGGAGUGGAGGGAAGACGUAGGGCGAGUAGUGACACGACUUCUUGCAAAGGAAACCAAUAUAUCCGAAGAAACACUCAUGACAGUCGUGAAACCUGGUCUGCCCACAACUGCUGACUUGCAUGUGCUACUACCAGCAAAACAACCGAAAAGGAAGAGGAGUGUACCUGAUGAUAAGAGGAUAGCAACUAUAAAGCAGGCCUUGAAUGCACACAACAUCAGUUUCUUUCUGAGGGGAGGAUACUGGGUCUUAGUGACUUUAGCUGACUCCGGUUCAGACUCUCAGAGGAUUGGAGGAGGCAGUGGCUACUGGGCUCUUGUGGUUCUCUUUGUUAUCUGUCUAGUCGCAGUUGGGGCUUUUAUCCUCUACAAGUUCAAAAGGCAA